GGUCUCUCUCUCUGUAACGCGUGUCUGCGACUCAGUUUGAGUGUCAGUGAUUCAGUGACGGACAGAAUCAUCAUCAUCAUCAUCAUCAUCAUCAUCAUCAUCCUCACUGUAACAGCUUUACGAGCACAUUUCACUCACUGGAAACCUGUGUCAUUCCCAGCGAGGAUCGUGAAACUGAAAGUCUGUGGGAAGUUUGUUGAACACUGUAUUUCAAGAGUCUCGUUUUGGAUUUAUUUGGGUUCGUGUUUGAGACUCUGUGAACUUCAUCAAAGCGCGUCACAAUGUGUCUCCAGAGUUUGCUGUGGCUUCUCGGUGUGUUGGGCUUCUGCGCUCGAGCGCUCGGGGCUCGUGAAUGCGUACCGUGCGGUUCGGCCCGGGUUCUGGCCCGUGACCCGUGCGGCUGCUGCGAGCGGUGCUCUCGGCUGGAACUCGAGCUGUGCGGCGGGCCGGACUGGACUCUGGGCUACUGCGGAUCCGGACUCACCUGCGCGGCGCUCAACGGAACCGGACCGGCGCGCAUACCUGAGACGGGUGUCUGCAGAGCGGUACCCGACGCGACGGAUGCAGACGAGCGCUGCCCGCUGGUGAGCGGCUGUGAGAGCGUGGAUGGAGAGUGUGUGUGUGAAUCCAAACACUCCUGCAUCCAGACCUACAGCUUUCCCAACAGAGACGCAUGCGUGCAUGCUGGGAAAACAGGUUCUCUCCGUCACGAUCACAGACACAGGUUUGUGGGUCCCGUGAACCCGGCGUGUGUGUUUUCUGGCUGUAAUCUGACGGCCGACGGCUGUGUUUGUUCGUCUCAGAGCUGCGACGAUCACUUCACGUACGCCAACCGCAGUCAGUGCCAGCGAGCCGCAGUUUCUCCCAGGUGUGUUCAUAACGGUAAGGAGUUCACAGAAGGCGAGGUGUACCGUAUGGACCCCUGCUGGUUGUGUCAGUGUCGAGUUGGAGUGUCGUUCUGCUCUAAAGCCGAAUGCGCCGAACUGGACUGCGAGAAUUUCUACGUUCCUGAAUGGGAAUGCUGUCCCGUCUGUAUAG